UUUGGGGGUUGACAGAUUUGUGUUGUUAAAUGUCACGAAUGUCAAUUUUCUUCAUAAUCCAGAAUUAAUUAUGAAAAAUCCAAUAUAAUGGAUAGAAAAUGCAGCGUUUAUUGCAGAUGUUAAUUGUUAUAAAUAUGCAAUGCCUCGAAAUUCGAAAUUUACAGAAUGGGCGGUUGUAUAGGAAUAACUCGUGCUAGAAGUGGUGCAAUAGACGACCUGUCAGGGUCAGUUACUAGAGCGAAUACAGGAAGCGCUAGGAAAAACCAUCCACUGUGUCAUGAAACGAUACGCUGGAAGUCUGACGUGCCGCUAACUGAAGGGCAGCUCCGAAGUAAGCGCGAUGAGUUUUGGGAUACGGCUCCAGCGUUCGACGGACGUAAAGAGAUAUGGGACGCUCUACGUGCUGCAGCCAUUGCAGCUGAAGCUAAAGAUUACGAGUUAGCGCAAGCAAUAUUGGAUGGCGCAAGUGUGUCAGUGCCAAACGGUUAUUUGACUGAGUGUUACGAUGAGUUAGGAACGCGGUAUCAAGUUCCCAUUUAUUGUUUAUCAUACCCUAUUAAUAUUGUAAAGGAAGAUAGCGGACGUGAUUCGCCCGCAGAUUGUUCCGAACCUAUCGAUGGUGGAACAGAAACUGUGCUUAAACUAAGACUUUCUCAUACUUGUACUGAUAUUAAAUUACCGGUGUAUUCGACCGACACUAUUAGCACGUGUAAGAAGAAAUUACAGAGCCAAGAAGGAAUAGAAUCAUCAAGACAACGAUGGUUUUUCGGUGGAAAGUUAUUAGGUGACAAGCUACAUGUGGAGGAAGCCAAAAUACAACCCGGUUACGUAGUUCAAGUUAUAAUUAAUAUAGAGGCGUCGCCUACCUCAACUUUAGCUUCAUGAGACUGUUAAAAAAAUGAAGUUGGAAACGCUUACAAUACAAAGUUGGUAGCGGCAAUAUUCAUCAUUUAGUGAAGGUUGUGCAGGUAAAGAAACUUUCGAUAAAUAUUAUGACGCCAUAUCAAAAAGGAAAUUGUUAUAAACUUAUUUUAUCAAAAUAGAAUUGCAGUCCUAUUUUGCUGAUUAAGCUCACAAAGUGUGAAUUUAUUUUUAUUGUGCUCAUCGACCUGGACGUUCUCAGUCUCUUUGAUAUAACGCACAAAUGAAAUUGUUUGUGAUCUUCCUUGUUAACAUUGUUCUAGAUGUGCUGCUUUUUAUUAAAAUACUGAUGUUGAUAGUGUGAUAAAAUGCACAAUAAAGUUAGGGGAGCAACUGAUACUUUUAAGACAAUUUCAUUAAUUUUAUUCUCUUUUUAUGAUCCAAUUUAUUGUGUGCCAUUAGUUUUGAGACUGGGAACAUAAAAUUGAAUGACUGAUGUAAUGUAAUUGUUAUUUAUUUUUUUGUAAACUAAUUUAUUUUAUACUGUAUGAUUGUUUGAAAAAGGCGGGUGCUUAUUUUUUAAUCCAUAACAUGUAAGUAAUAUACAAGUUAUCUUUUUUCUGCGCUCUGUUUAAAUUAUGUUCUUAAAUAUCUAGUUUAUUGUGAAUAACCUUUAGGUUCAGCUCCAAUUUUAAUUACAUCAAAUCCAAUAUUACAUUGACUACAAACAUUCUGUUAUAAUUUGAAAACAAUGUGAAGGGUAAAUAUCAAUUCUAUGGAAAUGCAGUAUUAGAAGUGCAUACCUUAAAGCCAAAGUUAAUUUUAAUGUGAAUUAAGGCGAUUUUCGGCAGCAUAAUCUAUUUUAAAAUGACUGAGAAAAAAUUCUAUGCAAAACACCCAAUUCUUCGGCAUGGUGGUAAGUUUCUCGAUCCUAGGAGGAAAUAAAUACUUUUCUGGUGAGUCUGUUGUCAGUGUCAAAAAUAUUUAAAUAAAAAAAUGGGUGCUUAAUGGCAGCUGGAUCAGAAACCUAGUAGGCAUGUGCAAAUCUGGACAGACUUUUUUAAAUUAAUGAUUCUUUUCUAAACUCAUACUGUGUGACCUAGGCCUACCUUUUUUUUAAUGACAGCUCCCUCCCUCACUUCAUUUAGUAAUAGUUUUUUACUACAUCGUGAGUCACAGCUUGCAGAUGUUCUAUUUUUGAAUAUGCUGCUCAGAUACUUUGAGGUACUCAACUUAUUCAAUGUCACUAGUAUUUUGUCUCUUGAGAAAUCGAAGCGUUGUGCUUGUUGGUCUUCUCAAGAUGACAUACCCUGUUGUCUGUUCCAACCCGAUUUGUCCUUCAAGUUAUCUUUUUGGUACCAUUUCAUUACCACAUAAUUUCCUUUAAAUUUUACUGUGCAGGCUUCUGUGUUUUAUUGGGUGAGUGGUUUCUUUACUUCUUCUUGCUUGCUCUAUGCCAUUGCAUAGAUUUGAACUUCUUUAUCAUGCCUUUACGAAUUUUAUUGUGUGCAAAAAAUAAUUGAAGUA